UGCUGGGAAGAAGUGGUGACAAGAAGCCUUAAGGGUCUCAGCAGGUGGUCAAGGCUGAGACCCAGGACAAGGUUGACCCCUUCUCCUGACCCCCUCCUCCUGCCUUCCCUGAUGGGGACUCCCUCCUUAUCCUCUGCCAGCUCCUGCUCUGCCUCUGGGUGUUCCUCCUGUCUCCUGACCCUGUGCCUCGCCUGGCCUCUCCCCAGGACUCCCAGAUGUCCUGUGGGCUGCUGCCCUCAUUUCUGUGUCUCCUCCCACCCCUGCUGCAGGUGUGCCACGGAGAAUGCCAGUCCCAGAGUGACCACACCAUGCCCAAGUGAGCAGGACAUAUUGAGAGGGGCCUCCAUUCCCUUUGUUUUAAAUUCACUCUGCCUUUUGGUGCAGACUCACUGUGUCUCAGGACCUGGUCAAAGCCCCUUUCAUCCCCAAGCGUGUCCAGACUGCACCAAUUCUCACAGCAGGGAAUGACUACUGAGCACCAUAUUGCUGAGGCAAUGUUCUUUUUCCCUUUUCCCAAGGUUGCAGGGAGACAAGAUUCAGCCCAGAUUCACACCCUCACUUUCUGCCCCUUUUCUCCCUUAAUUCCUUCAUCUCUCCACACAGCUUUAAGUCUCUCCAUCUGCCCAGAGUGGUAUAUCCUCCUUUUGAUCCUAUUUCUUCCUGUCCGUGCUCCCUUUCCUCUUCUUUGGCCUCAUGUCUUUCUCUUUCCUUCCCUUCCAGCUUCCCCUUUAACUUCAUUUCAACUCACUGAGAACAUAAAAGAAGGCCCAUAGAAAUGCAGAUAUAUACCAUGUUCAUGGAUGGAGAGUCUCAGGGCCUCAGAGACGUCUAUGCCUGCCAAGAUUGCUCUACACAUUGAUAAUAGGGUAUCGCAUGAAACACGAAAAGUUUGUCCAUCACUCAGGUGGUUUGGCUCAGUGGUUGAGCUUGGACCCAUGAACCAGGAGGUUCAUGCAUGGGCACCUGCCCAGGUUCUGGUAUCUUUUCCCAGUAGAUGGUAUGCAGGAAGCAGCCAAUGAAUGUUUCACUCAUCGUUGAUGGUUUUUUCUCUCUCUCCCCCUUCCUUCCUCUCUGUGAAAUUAAUUUAAAAAACAUAUUUUAAGGAAAUUUUGCCCAUAAAUUCAUGUAGAUCUGUACAAGAUCAAUACAACUUCAAAGGUGAGGCUAAGGUGGAUGGGCGUACCAGAUAUUGGACCUAUGCUGAAGCCUGGUAGAGCAGCAAGGUAGUCACCCAAGCAUGGACAAGUGAGGCAAUGGAGCAUAUGAGAGAGUCAGAGACAACCUACACACACACACACACACACACACACACACACACACACACAGCACACACACACAAAGGUUGUGGCAUUGCACGUCAGUAGGACACAAUGACAUUGAAGGAAAGUCAUUAAAUGUCCUUGCAUUGGCUAGCCAAUACAAAAUAAAAAAUGACAUGUCUAUGUCAUGUCAUAUACAUACAUGAUAAAAUGAAUACAUUUGAAAACAUUAAAAAUUAAGGCAUGUAUACAUGGAAAGACUUCAUGAAGUGAGACCCUAGCCACAUAUUGAAAGAAAGCAUUUGCAGUGUAACUGACAAGGGUCACUAUCCAGCUUGUCUGAAAGCUCUCCUAGAGUAAGAGGGACAGGAGGCUGCCUGCGGUGCCCUCCCCACCCUGUGAAGGCAGAGGGACCCAAGCAGAGCACCAAGCCCAGAACGAGGAACUCAACGCACAUCUGUCCCUGAUCCAAGGUCCACACAUCCCCAUCAUUCAGCAGGAGGCAGGUGGAGAGCGUUCCUGGGCUCAGGCUUGGGCUGGGUGCAGGAUGGUGUGGGGAGGGCUCCAGCCUGACCCUCCCAGGGGAGCAGGGCCUGCCCCAUCCCCUCUCCCUGCCAUCAUCACUUUCCCUUUCCCUUUGCCAGCAGCCUGGGUCCUGCUGCACAGAGGAGCCUGUCUCCAGCAGAGGUCAGCUCUGUCCAGAGGGAGGGCCCCAGAGGAGGAGAGAAGGUGGGUCUGAGGCUGAGGAAGAGCACACCCCAGGGCCCGCCCACCCCUGCAGCCAAAGCAGGAAGGAGGUGGGGCCUCAGCUGAGAAGACUGGGAGUUUCUCCAUCCAGGGACUUUCCUAAACCUGGGCCUGUGAGCAGAAAUGCAGCACCAGCGCCGGGGAACAAGGGCAAGGCCCAGGCAACACUUCACUGCGGUGCCCUGGCCCAGGAACCCAAUGAGAUGGUUAAGUCUUGAGUAUUUCUACUUUCACUUUACAAACUGGCCUAACCCCAAAGGUCGCAAUGGCUGCUACCUCUGCUACCAAGUGAAAAGAACAGAGAAGGGCUUUUCCUUGGACAUGGGCACCGGGGUUUUUGAAAAUGAGUUCUAUCCCAAGAAGCCCAUCCACACAGAAAUCUGCUUCUUGAAUUGGUUCAAGACCCAGCAAGCAUUCUUGGCCCAGAACCUGUCCCGUGAGGAGAAAUACCAUGUCAUGUGGUUCAUGUCCUGGAGCCCCUGCUUCCAAUGUGCCAGGCAGGUGGUCGCGUUCCUGAAGGACCACAAGUACGUGCAGCUGAGCAUCUUCGUUGCCCGCCUCUACUACUCCAGUCGCCCCCAGUACCAGCAGGGGCUGCGCAGCCUGCAAGGCGCAGGGGCCCAGGUGGCAAUAAUGACUCCAGCUGACUUUGCCUACUGCUGGGACAUCUUUGUGGAUGACCCCCUACAACCAUUCCGGUACUGGAAAGGAAUAUAUUUAAACAGUUGCAGCCUAUCUAAGACUUUGGUGGACAUUCUCAGGAAUCUAGAAAAUUAAAGGAUGGACUUCAAUCUCUCUAAACAAGUGGGGAGACUUCUGGUGAAUGCGGAAUAAAACACUUUCUUCAAGAAGUAAAAACGGCCCUAGCUGGUUUGGCUCAGUGGAUAGACCAUCGGCUUGCGGACUGAAGGCUCUCGGGUUCGAUUCCAGAUAAGGGCACAUGUUGGGGUUGCGGGCUCCAUCCCUGAGCAGGAGGCAGCCGAUCAAUGAUUCUCUCUCAUCAUUGAUGUUUCUAUCUCUCUCUCGCUCUC